AUGUUAACAAUCAGAGAGUUCGACAUGGAGAAGGACCUCAAGCUCGUGGAGGAGCUCGAACGAAACUGCGAUAUCGGGCCCUCCUCCUCCUCUUCCUCCCCCUCCUCCUCCUCAAAGAAGAAGAAGAAGAAGAAGAAGUUGUCUCUCUGCAUUGACCAGCUGGGGGACCCACUUUGCCGGAUCCGGCACGCGCCGGAACGCAUAAUGCUGGUUGCGGAGUACGGAGAGAAGAGGGAGAUAGUUGGGGUGAUUAGGGCUUGCAUAAAGACUGUGACACGUGGAGUGGGGCCCGAUGUAAGGGUCCCACGCUAUGUCAGAGUUGCUUAUUUGCUUGGACUCCGGGUGUCGGUGGCGCAUAGGCGACUGGGCAUCGGAGUGAAGCUGGUGCAGUCAGCGGAGGCGUGGUGCGUCAAAACAGCGAGCGAUGUACGCUACAUGGCCACGGACCAAUUACGGGGUGUGUUUGUCAGGCGCGCAGAGGGGAGGGAGAUGCGCGACAAUGUGGGCGUUGCUUCCGCCGACGGUGCAAACAUGGCGGCGGAGGGACGGGGAGGUGGCGGCGUGCGUGUGGCGGUCAGGUCGGGGGGGAUGCUGAGGAGCGAGGGCGUAAGCGUGCCUCACUGGAGGUGGGUCUCUUGUGAGGACGUUUGGUGCAUGAAGAAGUUGGUUGAUGAUGAUGAUGAUGAUGAUGAUUGGAGUAAAUCUAGGGAAGGUACGGAUGUCUUGUUCGUGGACCCACGUGAGUUUUGAGGGGGGAUUAUGGAUGGAUUAAUAGUGACUAAUUAGUGAAGCACACGUGCAUAAUUAAUUGCGACGGAGCUAGGGAAGCUAACUUGUUUACAUGUGUUUUGUUUGUUUUUCGUUCUUAAUUAGUGAUGUAAUGA